CUAUAACGAAUGAAUACAUUACGCAGAACAUAAGCGAGAGGGAUAUAAUAUCUGAAAACGGUAUCGCUGUGGAUGCCACUGCUGUAAAUGCGGAUUGUUUACAGCAGCCCUCGCAUCCUUUCCUCCCUCCCCUUUUCCUCUUUCCCGGAGCGCCGGAGCGCUGGUGGCGAGGCAGCGGCUAAAGCAGCCGCCGCUGACCGAAGAUAGCGCCUGCAGAGCCGGCCACGGCCGACACAUCACCCCGGGCCCCUGGAGGGUGCGAUCCGGAGCAAAGCAGGAAGCAAGCUUUUGAUGCCACAUCAUUGUGCAGCAUCGUUCUUCCGUGAAGAAAAGCGCACAGCCACUUCUGGAUUUUAUUAAUCUUCACCUCCAGGUCUUUUCAGGAGUUUGGAUGUGCAGUUUCACAUGAUAUGGCUGUUCUUAAACUAGUCGACCAGCCACCCCUCGUCCAAGCCAUCUUUAAUGGAGACCCCGAUGAGAUUCGUGUGCUCAUAUGUAAAUCAGAAGACGUCAAUGCACUGGAUGCUGAGAAGCGAGCUCCUCUUCAUGCAGCAGCCUUCCUCGGAGAUGCUGAGAUCACAGAGCUCCUCAUUGUGUCAGGGGCGCGGGUCAAUGCCAAAGACAACAUGUGGUUGACUCCACUCCACAGGGCAGUGGCAUCACGUAGCGAGGAGGCCGUUCGCGUGUUGAUCCGUCAUUCUGCUGACGUUAACGCACGGGAUAAGAACUGGCAGACUCCGUUGCAUGUUGCUGCCGCCAACAAGGCCCUGCGCUGCGCAGAGGUCAUCAUCCCGCUCCUGAGCAGCGUCAAUGUUUCAGAUCGCGGGGGACGCACCGCCCUGCACCACGCUGCCCUUAAUGGGCACACAGAGAUGGUUAGCCUUCUUCUGGCCAAGGGUGCCAAUAUCAAUGCCUUUGACAAGAAAGACUGCCGUGCACUGCACUGGGCGGCAUAUAUGGGUCACUUAGAUGUAGUGUGUUUACUGGUGAGUCAAGGGGCUGAGAUCAGCUCCAAGGACAAAAGAGGAUACACACCUCUACAUGCUGCUGCUUCCAACGGUCAGAUUGCUGUGGUGAAACACUUGCUCAGUCUGGCUGUAGAGAUAGAUGAAGCCAAUGCCUUUGGGAACACCGCGCUGCAUGUGGCCUGCUUUAAUGGACAAGAUGCAGUAGUCAGUGAGCUGAUCGAUUACGGUGCUAAUGUCAGUCAGCCGAAUAACAAGGGCUUCACACCUCUGCACUUCGCUGCAGCUUCCACUCACGGUGCCCUGUGUCUGGAGUUCCUGGUCAACAGCGGAGCUGAUGUCAAUGUCCAAAGUCGCGAUGGGAAAAGCCCUCUUCAUCUGACAGCAGUUCAUGGACGAUUCACACGCUCUCAGACGCUCAUCCAAAACGGUGGAGAGAUUGACUGUGUUGAUAAGGAUGGAAACACUCCCCUUCAUGUUGCUGCUCGAUACGGACAUGAACUUUUAAUAAACACUCUAAUCACAAGCGGAGCUGACUGCACCAGAAGAGGAAUACAUGGCAUGUUUCCUUUACAUCUGGCCGCUCUGAAUGCUCAUGCCGACUGCUGCCGAAAGCUUCUUUCCUCAGGCUUCCAAAUCGAUACUCCAGACAACCUGGGGAGGACGUGUCUGCAUGCCGCAGCUGCAGGCGGUAAUGUGGAGUGUGUGAAGCUAUUACUCAGCAGUGGAGCUGAUCAUAACCGCAGAGACAAACAUGGAAGGACCCCUCUCCACUAUGCGGCAGCUAGUCGACACUUUCAGUGCCUGGAGACUUUGGUGUCCUGCGGUACCUGCAUUAAUGCCACUGACCAGUGGGGGCGCUCUGCUGUGCACUACGCUGCUGCUUCUGACCUGGACAGGAGGCGGCGUGUGGUCCUGGAACCAGAGAGUGACGGAGUUCAAGCUGAGAGGGAGAAGGAGGCAGCUCUGUGUCUUGAGUUCCUGUUGCAGAAUGGUGCUGGCCCAUCACUCAAAGAUAAACAAGGCUACAGUGCUGUUCAUUAUGCUGCAGCUUACGGCCACAGACACUGUCUGAAACUGCUUUUGGACAGAGAUGAGAGCCAACAAGAUGAGAUGGAGAACAGCCAAACCAGAAGCCCACUGCAUCUAGCCGCAUACCAUGGUCACGCACAAGCUCUAGAAGUGCUCUUGGAGGGUCACUGUGAGGUGGAUCAGGGUGAUGAGGUGGGUCGGACUCCACUGGCACUCGCCUCCCUCAGGGGCCACACUGACUGCGCUCUCACGCUUCUGAAUCACGGGGCCUCGCCAAGAAGCAAAGAUACUACUCGAGGACGAACACCAAUCCACCUCGCAGUAAUGAAUGGUCAUACAUCUUGUGUGCGCCUCCUGCUGGAAGACUCUGAUAAUGCAGAUCUGGUAGAUACAGCGGACUCUCAGGGACAGACCCCUCUAAUGCUGGCAGUAAUUGGGGGUCAUGUGGAUGCUGUGUCUCUUCUAUUGGAGCGCGAGGCCAGUGUGGACUUGGCUGAUCAUCAGGGUCUGACCGGUCUGCACCUGGGGGUGAGUUUUCUGAUCUUGUCAAACGUAUUCAAGUGCAAGAUGUACCAGAGCUUUUUUUUUNUGUUGGAGCUGGAGGCAUCCGUGCUGCUGGGGGACUCCAGGGGUCGGACAGCAAUCCACUUGGCUGCAGCGAGAGGUCACGCUUCCUGGUUGAGCGAAUUACUCAAUAUUGCAUGUUCUGAACCCCCGAUACCUCCAUUACGAGACAACCAUGGAUACACACCCUUACACUGGGCCUGUUACUACGGUCACGAUGGUUGUGUCGAGGUCUUACUCGAACAAAGAGAUUUCCAUCACUUCGAUGGGAACCCCUUCACCCCGCUGCAUUGUGCUGUGGUCAAUGACCAUGAGACCUGUGCCAAUAUUUUAUUAGAAGCCAUGGGAACAAAGAUCGUAACUUGCAAAGACUCCAAGGGCAGGACACCUCUCCAUGCAGCUGCAUUUGCUGGCCACAUAGACUGUGUUCAGCUGCUUCUGGCCCAUAAUGCAUCUGUGGAUGACAUUGACCAAUCAGGGUGCAGUGCCCUGAUUAUGGCAGCGGAGAAAGGAAGAGUCGAAGUUGUAGAGGCUCUACUUACUAGUGCCAAUGUGAACCUCAGUCUGACUGACCAGAAGGGCAAUACAGCACUCCAUCUAGCCUGCAGUAACGGAAUGGAGGAAUGUGCAUUGCUCAUUCUUGGAAAACUUCCAGACUCUGCCCUCGUCGCUACAAACACUGCACUGCAAACACCUCUUCAUUUGGCUGCUCGCAGCGGGAUGAAGCAGACAGUGCAAGAGCUGCUCUCUCGUGGGGCCAGUGUUCAAGUGCUAGAUGAGAAUGGUCUCACCCCUGCUCUGGCUUGCGCUCCCAGCAGGGAAGUGGCUGACUGCCUGCUCAUUCUGGCUACCAUGAUGCCUUUCUGCUCCCCUUGCAGCUCUGGAGCUCCUUCGCCAGGCUCCCUGCUGAAAUCUUUGCCCCGCCAGGCCAAGAGCCCCCAAGGCCCCCGCAGUCCAAGGGACCCCUCCGGCCCCUCCAGUGAGGGCACGACCACCGAAAACGACUCAGACUCAGAGACAUUUUGACCCCGGCUCCUUUUAAAUGCGCCGGUCGUAGUUUUGAACCUUACAGAAGUUGUACAGAUUUUUGAUUAUGGAGCUCAGCCUCUAUAACAAGAGAUUAUGACAUAUAGCACACACGGUACGCUUUUGUUCUGACACAUUUGUUUGCACAGGAGAUUUUUUCGAAAGCCAUUUUAAUCACUUUAACACAGGUUGAUUGAUGUUGGAUUGCCAAAUGUCGACUGACUUCUCACACUUGAACGAUGAUGAUGUAAUGUGCGGAGUGGUGUGUCUUGAUCUGUGGAUUUUUGAAAGCACAAACCCUGUGGAAGAACAAGGUGAAGUCACCCUCAUUUCACCCAUGUUGUCACUGUGGGACCAAUCAGGAAACAAGAAAUCACAUUUUUGGAACAACAGGGGGAAUUGGUGUCACUGUUACCAACCUCACUUAAUAUUUAUUUGUAAGAAAGGUUGGAAUACACCACACAACUUUUCCACAGAUUUUUGCCCUGAUUUUUGCAUCGCAGAUUUGACAUCUCGCACGUUUCCGUGUAAUUUUGUUGUGUUCGAACGACUUGAAAUUCUAAUGGUGUGUGAUUAUCAGCCAUUUAAAAAUGUUUUGAGAUUGGAAAAGUUGCGUAGUGUAUUUCAGUUUUAAGACUAGUUAGACUUAAUGUGAAAUGAUGAAAAAUGCAACACAAGUUCUGCAUUUCCGAAGUCGUACUUUACACAUUAUAUCUGACAUGUGAAUAGAAGGCUCUUAAGAUUCAUAUUGCAAAAAGAGCACUUUUAUUCCAUUGAGAAAACUAAAUUUCUAGGCCUUGAUGGUCUAAACUUGCGUUUGACGCUUUUGGAGAGUGACACUUUGCCACUCGGUUCCUUCUCAGACAUAGAGACAGUGUUCAAAUAAUACUUCUAUUCAGGUUGAAUUUUAAAUUCUAGUGAGAGAGCGUAGCAUGUCAUGUCAACCAGGAUGUUUUCAAGCCUGUACCGAUAUUUAUUAACAUUUAGAUAACAAUGGUACUACAGUUGUAUGCACUUACGUAUAGGAGUAAAUGGGUGUCUGAAGGAAUAGUUCACCUGUAGAUUAUAAUUCUGCCAUUGUUUACUCGUGUCAUUGUUUUUUGUGGAACACAAAAGUAAAAUUAUUGGAGAAUCUUAAUGUGGCUCUUUCCACACACCGAUGCUAUCGUCUGCCAAGCUCCAAAAA